UAACUUUUUUUUUUGAGGGAAAAAAAGAUGGAGUAACCAUGUCGGGUCUGGGCUGAUCGUCCAAACCGAGCCGAACUGCUUUCUCGAUCGGAAUACACCUCCUCGACCGAUCCUGAGUUUCUUCCCCAAAUCAAAUCGAAAUCGAGGUUCUCGCAUCUCAAAAGGAAAUCGAGGCGAUGGCCAGCGCUGAAAACCAGCCGACAGCUCCUCGCGGCGACGGCAUGGACGAGGAGGGCCAGGCGGCGCACCUACCGGACGACGUGCUCGCGGCCGUCCUCCGCCGCGUGCCGCCGCGCUGGCUCGCAGCUUCCCGCUGCGUGUGCAGGGCCUGGCGGGACGCCGUGGACGGCCGCCGCCUCCUGCGCGCCGACCUGCUCCCGCUCACGCUCGCCGGCCUCUUCGUCCACUUCGACGAGCACAAGUACCCAGAAUUCCUCGCCCGCCCCUCCUCCUCCUCCUCCUCCUCGGCCGCCGGCUCCCGUGCGGUCAGCGGCGAUCUUAGCUUCCUGCCCUCCGCUAGCCCCCAUUGCGGAUAUUUCUGGGAGGAGGGCUGCGUUGAUUGGCGAAACUACAACAUCCAAGAUCACUGCAACGGGCUCCUUUUGCUUCAGAGUAACUGCGUGGUUAACCCUGCAACGCGACGCUGGAAUAUUCUGCCAACGUGCCCGGCUGAGGAGGAUGGUAUAGGGCAUGUCAUGCACCGUAGCACGCAUCUAGUCUAUGAUCCGAUGGUAUCACCUCACUACGAGGUGUUUAAGAUCCCCACUUUGUACCGCUACUACAAGGUAGACCCCUCAAUGGAGCAGUCUGAAUGGUCACCAUCCCUAUGCAAGAUAUAUGUUUUCUCAUCCAAGUCGGGUUGUUGGGAGGAGAGGUGUUUCAGCCGACAAGGGGAUGCUGCAGGGACCGUUAGUCAAAUGCGAGUGGGUUACUGGCGAUUCAGCGCCGUCUAUUUUCGAGGAGCACUUUAUGUACACUGUAAUCAUAAUUUUCUCAUGAGAAUAUCAUUGUCUAACAAUACAUACAGUGUAAUUAAACCACCAAUGGACCUUACAGUGGAGGGCCAUCUGGACAUUAAUAUAGCAAGAUCAAAAAAGGGGGUGUACAUUGUGGCAUCUGAUAUGUACUGGCCUCGGGAUAAGUAUUUGCUUCGAGUUUGGAUCCUUAAUGAAUCGUGUGGGCAAGUGGAGUGGAUGUUGAAGCAUAACAUAGACCUUAAGCACGUGCUAGCAGGUCACCAUUUUUGCGGAAGAGAUCAAUGGAUCUUAGAAGAUAUUAACUACAAACUGUUCCGUUCUUCUGAUUGCCAAGAAGACAGCAAGAAAGCAACAACCAAAGAGAAUACCGAAUGGAACUCUGACGAGGAUGUUGAAGAGGAAGACAUGAUUGAUCAUAGUGGUUACUUAGAAGAUAAGAAUGUAGUAGUUGAGAAGAAAUUGGUAUGGAACUCAAACAAUGAUAAUGCACUUAACUAUGGAGGUAUGAGUGAAGACUGUUAUUCGGAUGAAGAGCAUUAUGAUGAUUCACGUGAUGAGGACCUUAGGAUACUUGGGUUUCACCCAUAUAAAGAGAUUAUCUUCUUGAGUGCAUCAGAACGGAUAUGUCUGGCAUACCAUUUAAAUGGCUCCAAGAUUGAAGAUUUAGGAAAUAUAUACCCAAAGGAUUAUAUAUAUUUCAAAGAGUUAGUUAAUGAACAGGAGAAAAUCAAAUCUUUUCCAUACACCCCCUGCUGGAUGGAAGAGUUCCCUGGAAGCAAUUAGUCUAGAAGUUCAUCUUAUGUAUGGGCCUAUGUUAUUUGCCAUUUAUUCGUGAGAUGUAAUAAAAGGCUUGCAAAAGAUGUCGGGACUAUGUUAUUUGUCUAUUUGUUUGAGUUACUUAAUAAAC